UCGCCACGCCCCCUGAAUAGGCUGCACUGUAUGAGACAUACAGGGACAGCUCUCUGCCCUUGUGUGCUGCACUGGAUGCCUGCAGUCUUGUACAAUCACCGGGGGAUUAUGCUGCUGUAGCCCCUCACACCUUGCAUGUGUCGAUUAUAUGUCCUCGUUGCACUUCUAGAAUUUGUCGGAGCAAGACAUGAGAGAUGUGGGUUGUGCCGGAGUCUGAGAUUUUCACUAUGGGAUUGUGGUCGGUCAGCAUUGGUGCUCUUGGUGCAGCAGUGGUUGGGAUUUUUCUAGCCAACACAGACUACUUCCUCCCUACACCAGAGAAAGCUACCUUGGAAUAUUUAGAAGAAACUGAACUGAAGUCUAUAUCAGAUGAAUCAAGGACGCUCAAAGCAAAAGACCUCUGGGAAAGGAAUGGAGCAGUGAUAAUGGCUGUGCGUAGGCCUGGAUGUUUUCUAUGCAGAGAGGAGGCCUCAGAAAUAUCCCAACUUAAGCCAGAACUUGACCAGUUAGGAGUCCCCCUCUACGGUGUGGUGAAAGAGAAGAUUGAAACUGAGAUCGAGCAGUUCCAACCUUACUUUAAAGGGGAACUUUUUCUUGAUAAACAGAAACGCUUUUAUGGACCCCAGACAAGGAAAAUGAUGUUUAUGGGAUUCAUACGGUUGGGAGUAUGGCAGAAUUUCCGCCGAGCUUGGAAAGCAGGCUAUGAGGGUAACCUGGAAGGGGAAGGCUUCAUUCUUGGUGGAGUUUUUGUGAUUGGCUCUGGGAACCAGGGAAUUCUUCUUGAGCAUCGUGAGAAGGAAUAUGGAGAUAAAGCAAAUUUGAUGGAUGUCCUUGAAGCUGCUAAGAAGAUAAACAGGAAGACUAAACUCAAUUAAACGUGUGCAUAGUUUUCCACAUAAAGUAGUCUGGCAGCAGACAGAAAUUAACAUGACUUUCUAUGGGUGGUAUAAUUCUUUAGCAACUUAUUUAUUAUACUGGUAAUAGAAGCAUUGUUGGGUUUUAUUGAUAAAUGUACAUAAGACAGAUUGAUGAAAAAUUAUCAAAUCUAAUGCAAAGGAAAAGUAGUGGCAUCGCUUGUAACAACCAUUCUGUUCAGCAAGAUGUCUGAAGUAACAAUCUGAAUGGUUGCUAUGAGCAACAGCUCCACAUUUUUUAAACAGUUUAAUUUACUAAAGCCUAUGUAGAGAUGCUUCCAGCUAUUAAUUCCAUUUUCCCUGUCACCAUCAGCCUUGUCCCUAUUUUGAACACUCAGUUUGUUCUUUGUGUGUAUUCAUCCUGCUUAGUAAACUUUGGUAGAGAUUUCUAUGCAAUUAUCUGUUUCUGACAUUGGUCCAGUUACAAUAAAGAUACAUUCUCUCUUU